GCUUUCCGUGGAGUAACUGGCGGCCUCCUCGUUGUCUUCCAGCUCCUCCGUAUAAUCGGUCAUCGUCGUCCCCCUCCAUGACAUCCUCCUAGUUGUCUUCAGACUCCUGGGUCUCCUCGGCGUCGCCUUCGUCAUCCUCUUCCUCCUCCUCCUUGCUGUCGGGGUCAUUGUACACCACUUUGUCGCCGACCCUCCAGGCCGCGGUGGUCCCGGCCAGAUGAUCCGGGCUGCCCCCGCCUCCUCGUCCCCCACCCCCACUGGCCCGGGCCGCUGGUGCUGGGGGGUGCCGGUGGCGGCGGCUUCCUCUGGCUACUGCUGCCCACCCUGGGCGAGCUACGCCGCGUCUCGGGCGCCAGCCUGGGCCGGCUGCUAACGCGUUGCCGCGAGCUGAGUUCCCGGAGGCGUCCGGACAUGGGCGGCCGCGGCGGGGCCGGGGCGUAGCGCUCUGCAGCUGGAGCCGCGGGCUGCUUGGUCAGCCUGCCCCGCCGUCCCCUAAUUGGAGCCGAGGCUCUACCGGAGCGUGGUCACGUGAGCUGCACCUCCCACGAGCCUGGGAGGACCGAGGUGGCGUGGCGGCCUCUAGGGGGAGCACGAGAGCACUGAGUCACGGGCGGACAGACCGCGGCGCCUGGGCUCCGCCUGCGCGGUGGGGCGGCUAAGAGAGAUGAGCAGCUCGCUAAAUGUCCGGCGUCUAAGGCCUUUGGAAACCAGUCUCCGCGGACCCCUGACUGGAGCCCAAAGCCGACCGAACUUCCUCCCCGCGUCUCCCCUUCUGCAGCUCGGAGAGGAAGAGAAGAAGAUACAGAAAUGAAAAUGAAAAGAAAAUUUGGUACUACAGCACAAAGGUCCAGCUUGCAGAAUUAAUUGACUGUCUAAACAAAGAUUAUUGGGUAGCAGAGAUCUGCAAAAUUCUGGAAGAAAUGCGUGAAGAAAUCCACUGACACAUGGAUAUAACUGAAGACCUGACUGAUAAGGCUCGGGGCAGUAACAAAUCCUUUCUGGCAGAAGCUAAUGCAAGACAGAUCGGCUUGCCAAAGGAUCAGAAUGUUACCAAAAGAGCCUUAGUUUAAAUCUUUCUUCUGGUCUCCUUUUGAAUCAUUAUGUGCAAUAGAACUUUAGCAACUGUCUGCCCAACUCUUGCACAACACAAGUACCUAAUCAUAGUUUAUCUCACAGACAGCCUGAGACAUUUCUUACGGAAACACCCCAGGACACAAUUAAAUUUUCUGUUUCAGGAAUUAAACAGAUUGAAUUUAGAAUCUUCCAAUUCAAAGUACUCCUUGAAUACGGAUUCCCCAGUGUCUUAUAUUGAUUCAGCUGUAAUUUCACCUGAUACUGUCCCACUGGGAACAGGAACUUCCAUAUUAUCUAAACAGGUUCAAAUUAAACCAAAAACUGGUCAAAGUUUAUUAGGAGGACCAGCAGCUCUUAGCCCAUUAACCCCAAGACCUUCUAAUUUAAGUAUACUGCUGCUUUAUAUAUGCCUUGAUGACUUUUUGACACCUCGAUUUCAACCUCUUCUCAGUUUUGGGAUUUUGCCAUUAGAAACCCCAAGUCCUGGAGAUGGAUCCUAUUUACAAAACUACACUAACACACCUUCUGUAAUUGACGUGCCAUCCACCGGAGCCCCUUCAAAAAAGAGUUUUUGUGUUUUACAGUCUGUUGCCAGAAUCGGCCAAACUGGAACAAAGUCUGUCUUCUCACAGAGUGGAAAUCACCGAGAGGUAACUCCAAUUCUUGCACAAACACAAAGUUCUGGUCCACAAACAAGUACAACACCUCAGGUAUUGAGCCCCACUAUUGCAUCUCCCCCAAAAGCACUGCCUCGAAGAAGUUCACGACUCUUUACUAGUGACAGCUCCACAACCAAGCCUGGGAAUCAGCCAUAUUUCCUGGAGUCCCAGUUCCCUUUUGUGUGGAAUGUGAACCAAGAUCUGGGCAUUAUUUCAUUUAAUCAUCAAAACAACCCUUUUAGAUCUGCUCAAUCCCAACCUUCUCGCAGGCAUCCACUGUGCAAAAAGGAUUGUGUCCGGAGCACGGGGGAUGAACAACUGGGUAGAAUGGAGGUUGCACUGUUCAGGCCGGCCACUCUCCUACUGGCUGACAGGAUGCCAACUGGGAUGAAACAGGGUGUGGGUGCACCAUGGAGUCAUUCCAAGACUCCUGUCCUUAGUCAGGAAUUCUUCAUUUCUUCUUCCUAUGCCUCAACUUCAUGUUAUUUUCUUCCCUUCCCAUUUACAACUAAAACUGACCAGAGCCCCAAGAAUAAAUCAUUUUCUUGGCUUCCUCCUUACUCCCAUCUGGACCCAGUCCCCUGGUUCCUCUCUGUCAUUUGUAAACUGAGGACCACAAUAAAAAAAGUCUCUAUAUUUAUUGAAGCACUCACUCUGCAAAGAAUGCGUCCAUUUAUUCAUUAUUCUACGUCUAUUUGAGUACCUGAGACAGUGGGAGUGUACUAGGUACUAGAAGGAAGACAAAACACAACUGUCGCUCUUUAGGUGUUCAUAAUCUAGGUGGAGAAGCAGAAAUAUCCACAAACAUUACAAUAGAUUAUUAAAUGUAUAAUAAAAUUCAUAAUUAUUGCUUUGAAACAGUAUCAGCAUCCAAGUAAUUCCUCCAAAGAACAAUUUUUGAAGUAAAAGAGAAAGCUCAGAAGUAGGCAAUGGGUGGGGCUAAGGGUAUGGUAUUGAUGUGGAGAAAGUAGUGAUGGGAUGGAGAAAUAGUGGCAGACGCCAAUAAUUUUGGGGUGCUUUGAGAGAAUAGGAUCUAGACGAUUAAAAAGUCUUCUCUGGACAGGAUCUGGUUUGCCUGGAGGGUGCUGAUGUGGAGUAGAACAUGCUUAAAGAAAAAGCAAAGUCAGAAAAGGAACAGUUGAAGGAAUGUCCUACACAUAGCCACCAUCAGUAGUGUCUGACCAAACUGGGGUUUUAUCUUGGACCACUUAUUUCUCUACCACUGAGCCUUAACUGUUUCUACUAUAAAAGGAGAGAUUUGACUAUUCAGUAGUUCCCAGACUUUUGUAUUUCACAGGUGAUAAAAUGUGAAAAAU